CUUUACCUAGUUUGAACAAUUCACAAUACAAAUAUUUAACAAGUCACCAAAUCCGUGGCUGCAGCCUUAUGCACAAUUAUCUCAAUGGCUAACUUGACAUUUGCAUCCACGGGUUUAGCUCAAUCUCCUGAACCAGACCGCUACCUUGAUCAAUGUCUUGCAAAGAUAUCUUCAAGGUGUGCGAUGUAUGCCAUGGCUGAAAUGUAUCGCCAUGGUUCGCCGAAACAAAACAGAUGUUGCCUAGAAAUUUAUCAUAUGGGACAAAUUUGUCUUAACCUCGUGACAAGGCAUAUGAUCGAAGCCCUUGUACCCAAGCUUGAAGCUGCUCAAAAACAAGACCUUGUUGACAAAGCCACACAAAUAUGGUACCUUUAUGUCCCACUUGAACGUUAA